AUGGGCAAUCAGUCGGAAAUUUCAUCCGAGGCGUUUUCGGCGCGAGAACUGCCGAAAAAAAGAUCUCGGUCGCGGUCGGUCCUGAUUGUCGGUCAAGGUACUGAAUCUUGGCUCCUGAUUGUCCCCGCGCACUCGACGCCGCGCGACGCCGCCGACGCCGCAACUACGACGUCGAUCCCCGUUGUCACGCCGUCCCUCGCGCGCCCGCGCGUCGACGCGCGCCCCGCGUCGUCCGCGUCGUCCGCGGAGGGCGGCGACCAGAGAGACACGUGCGCGAACAAACGAUCGCUCCCGCACUACUCCGACGAACUGAACAACGAAUUCUCAAGGUCGAAGCGCUCGAGCGACGCGUCGAUCGGGAUGACGUUCGCGUCCGCGUGCACCGCGUCGGACGUGGUCGGGCAUCGAAUCACCGUGGACGCGGCGGACGUGCUCGUCAUCGCGGCCGCGGACGCGAGCGAGCGAGAUCUCGUCGCGCGCGCGGAGCGCGCGUCUGUGCACCUCCGCAAGCUGCGACCGAACGAUUUGGUCACCGUGGUGGAGCAACCGUCGCGUCCGCGGACGUUCGUGCCGCCGGGAUAUGGACUUCCGCUGACGCAGGAGGUCGCCGCGAAGAUGGGCGCGACCGUGCACUCGAUGACGAGGGACGCGUCGCAGUUAGCGUCGCACGACGGCGGCGCGAAGGCGCGAGGGUGCGUCGUCCCCGCGCGAUCGCUCCCUAACCGCUUUUCCCCACGUUUUUUUUCCAGAAUCGUAUCGACGAAUCUAUCUCGAUCCGAAAAGUGCACCGUUCGUUGGUGAACCGUCGACGAACCGACCGAUCGGUCGGUCGGACGGUCGCGCCCUCGACUUUCCGACGACCCGACCCUCUCUCUCCCCCGUCCGCUUCCAGACGCCAAUCCAACGCCGCGUUGGACACGAUCCCUCUGAGUCAACUCAUGGGCGCCACCGCGGCCGGCGCCGCGGCUCGCCGCGUCGGGAGACCCGCGGGAAAGAAGCGCGGGCGGGGAGGGGGAGGCGCGCUCGAGGGAGGCGCGGGCGGCGGCGGCGGCGUCUCGAGCCCGCAUCCGCGACGCGCGCGAUACGAGCCGUACUUACCGUUCACUUUCGACGCCGAGGAGUUGAAGGACCUCGCGAUCGCGCUUCGGGCGUUCUUGAAGUUGCAAGAGUCCACGGGCACGCCGGUGACGAGCUGGAGCAACCUCGUCGCGAGGAGAUGGUCGAGGGAGUACGCGUUGUCGCUGCAAGCGCUCGGGUGGAAGUGCACCGCGCAGAAAGUCAACGCCGCUGUGGAAGAAAACCUUUUGAACCGGUACGAGGCGACGUCGAGUUGGGGGUGGAAGGGGGGAUGGCCGCGCGAGGCGGUAGGGGGGGGGGUCCAAGAGUGAGGGUCACCCACCCAAACGUAAUAAGUUAAUAAGUCGAGUUAAGAUCUUUGUUUU